AUGGCAACGGUAGCAAUCAUUGGUACCUGUGACACAAAACUGCAAGAGCUUCUCUUUCUCAAAGACCGCAUUGAGGAGAAUCCGUCGGUUUCCGCAAUCCUGCUUGACGUGGGAUGGAAGGCUACGGAGCACGAAGCCAUAACAGUACCGCAAGUGCGUCUCAUCUCCCAGCAUGGCUCCGGCCAAAAUAUAGCCGACUUGAGCCGUGGUCAGUUUAUUGAAUUCAUUUCACAAUGCGUGGCAAAAGAAGUCCGGCGCCUCUAUGAGAGCGGCUCAAUCGACGCCAUAGUAUCGGCUGGAGGCUCUGGGGGGACGUCGCUUGUUUCUGCCGUUAUGCGACAAGUCCUCCCUAUUGGGUUCCCGAAGCUGAUUGUCUCGACUGUUGCAAGUGGCGACACGGGACCCGUUAUCGGGGAGACGGACAUUACUUUAAUGUACUCUGUCGUGGACGUGGCAGGGCUCAACCACGUUCUGAGGAACAUUCUCAGCAAUGCGGGGGCAUCUAUCGCCGCAGCUGCACUUUCAUACGCAGAUCGCAAAAAGAGCGCAACUGCUGAGCCGAAAUCAUCACAGAAGAAGCGAGUCGGCAUCACUAUGUUCGGGGUAACCACGCCAGGCGCCGAUGCGAUACGGUCACAUCUGGAAGCAAACUACCCAGUAGAAACCUACGUCUUUCACGCAACAGGCAGAGGCGGCAAAGCCAUGGAGCGACUCAUUCGCGAAGGAACGCUAGACGGCGUCAUUGACCUAACUACGACGGAGAUUGCUGACCUCGUCGUCGGAGGUGUGUUUCCCGCCGAGCAAGAUCGCCUGGAUGCCGCCAUCGAGGCAGGUAUACCAAACAUUUUAUCACUCGGCGCAACAGACGUGGUCAACUUUGGCGCUCGAGGCACUCUGCCUGAUGAGUUCAAGCAUCGCAAUAUUGUUAAGCACAAUCCCAUUGUUACGCUUGUUAGGACGUUGCCGGAUGACUGCAGGCAAAUUGGGGAGUUUAUUGCCCGAAAGAUCCGAAACGCUAAGAAUCCUGGCGUGACGCAGCUGUGGAUUCCAAAGGGCGGUGUUAGCAUGCUAGCGACGCCUGGGCAACCGUUUGCGGAUGCAGAGGCAGAUGAUGCGCUUUUUGGCGUAAUCAGAAAGGGGAUUGAGGGCAGCGGUGUGGAGAUUGUUGAAGAUGAGCGGGAUGUUAACGAUAAGGGUUUCGCAAGAGAUAUAGCAGAUGUAUUGGCGGCUAAAAUGGGCCUUGCAAAGGGCAAAAUCGCCAGCAUGGCAUAA